AUGGAAAAUGCAAGUACAUCAAGCUUGGCGAGAACGAAAUCGGAUCAGGUGGCGGAUACUAAGUCGCCGCCGUCGGCGGAGGAUGGUGGAGUGCUGUCGAGGAAAUCGAGCCAGAGAAUGACGGCGGCGUCACCGGAUGGCGGUGGAGGAAGAAACGUAUACAUAAGGAAGUCGAGGAGCGCUCAGUUAAAGGUGGAGGUGGAUGAGGUUGGGAACGGCGUAGCUCUGAGCCGAGCUUCUAGUGCUAGCUUGGGCCUCUCAUUCUCCUUCACUGGCUUUACUCUCCCUCUCGAUGAAAUCGCCGAUUCAAAACCUUUCAGCGACGAUGAUAUUCGUAAGUAA